GAUGAGCUCGCGCUCUGUGACCCGGAUGCUGUUUUCACGGGCUGCGCUUCUCCAAUGAAAGGUGUUCGUUUGUUUACAAACUACGCGUUUAUACACAUAUAAUACACACAGAACCCUUUCAUAAAGUCAUGCCAAGCGCUCCAUGAGGUGUCCCGGUGACGAUGGCUGUGGUGUCGUGGAAGGAAACGUGUCUGAUCGCUGCGCUGGUGGUGGGCUGCUACUGGAACAGCCUGCUGUGCGGCUUCGUGUUCGACGAUGUCUCCGCCAUCUUGGAUAACAAGGACCUUCGUCCCUCGACGCCGAUUCAGAAACUGUUCCUCAAUGAUUUUUGGGGGACCCCCAUGUCAGAGGAGCGGAGCCAUAAAUCCUACAGGCCACUCACCGUGCUCACCUUCCGCCUGAAUUACCUGCUCAGCGAGCUGAGUCCGGCGUCCUACCACCUGUUCAACGUGAUCCUUCACGCGGCCGUGUGCGUCCUCUUCCUGCGCUUCUGCCGCCUCUUGAUGGACCGGACGACCAGCCUGGUCGCCGCGCUGCUGUUCGCCGUACAUCCGAUCCACACCGAGGCUGUCACGGGCGUCGUGGGGAGAGCCGAACUACUGUCCUCCAUCUUCCUCCUGGCGGCUUUCCUGGCGUACACAAAGUCGAAAGGUGUGGAUCGCUCCAUCGUAUGGACGCCCAUCCUGCUGACGGUGUUCCUUGUCGCCGUUGCGACUCUGUGUAAGGAGCAGGGCAUCACCGUGAUCGGGAUAUGCUGCGUCUACGAAGUGUUUGUAGCCCAAGGGUUCACGUUGCCCCUGCUGAUGGAGACGGCGCUGCAGGUGGUACGAGGGAAGGACAUGUUUCCGUACGCGGUGCUGCAGACCUUGCUGAAGCUGGUGGUGCUGGUUAUCAGCACGCUGCUGCUGGUUAUAGUGCGAGUGCAGGUCAUCCAGUCGCAGCUGCCCGUCUUCACCAGGUUUGAUAACCCAGCAGCCGUCAGCUCCACACCAGCCCGGCAGCUCACCUUCAACUACCUGCUUCCUGUGAACGGCUGGCUCCUGCUCAACCCGUCAGAGCUGUGCUGUGACUGGACCAUGGGCACCAUUCCUCUGGUGGAAUCUCUACUCGACCCGCGCAAUCUGGCAACCCUGGCCUUCUACGUGCUGCUGGGCCUCCUGGCCUAUCACAGCCUGCGCCAGGCCCACAGCUCCGCCAAGACCAUCCUCAUGGCUCUGUCUCUGAUUGUUCUCCCGUUUAUCCCAGCGUCCAAUCUGUUCUUCCCCGUGGGCUUCGUGGUGGCUGAGCGUGUGCUCUACGUACCCAGCAUGGGCUUCUGCGUCCUGGUGGCUCACGGAUUCAAGAGCCUGGCGUUACGAGGGGCUCUGAAGAAAGUCUCCUGGUUGUUUUUGGGCGUUCUUCUGAUGACGCAUGCUGUGAAGACAUUCUACAGGUCCUGGGACUGGGAGUCGGAAUACACCCUGUUCACCUCCGCCCUAAAAGUGAACAAGAACAACGCCAAACUCUGGAACAACGUCGGCCACGCUCUGGAGAACCAGAACGAUUAUGAGCGAGCACUCAGAUAUUUCCUCCAGGCUACAAGAGUACAACCAGACGACAUCGGUGCCCAUAUGAACGUCGGAAGAACGUACAAGAACCUCAAUCGAUCCAAAGAAGCUGAAGAGGCGUAUCUGGUUGCUAAAUCUCUUAUGCCACAGGUAAUUCCAGGAAAGAAGUAUGCGACUCGCGUGGCCCCUAAUCACCUCAAUGUUUACAUCAACCUAGCAAACCUGAUCCGUACCAACGACUCGCGGCUGGAGGAAGCGGACCAGCUGUACAGACAAGCUAUCAGCAUGAGGCCCGACUUCAAACAAGCCUACAUCAGCAGAGGUGAACUCCUGCUGAAGAUGAAUAAACCCGGUGAGGCGAAGGACGCCUACUUGCGCGCAUUAGAGCUGGACCGUACCAACGCUGACCUGUGGUACAACCUGGCCAUCGUUAACAUCGAGAUGAAGGAUCCUUCGGAAGCCCUGAGGAAUUUCAACCGCGCGCUGGAUCUCAACCCACGCCACAAACUUGCCCUUUUCAACUCGGCGUUGCUCAUGCAGGAAUCAGGUGAGGUAAAGUUGCGCCCUGAAGCAAACCGCCGCUUCCUGAGCUACGUGGAGGAGGAACCCAACGAUGCCAACGGCUACUUCAACCUGGGCAUGCUGGCCAUGGACGCUGAGGAAAACGAAGCGGCAGAACGCUGGAUGCGUAAAGCCAUUGCGUUGCAGCCAGGCUUCCGGAGCGCCCUCUUCAACCUGGCGCUGCUCCUGGCGCAGGGGAAACGCGAGCGUGACGCGCUGGCCGUGCUGGACGAGCUGCUGCGCCACCACCCUGAGCACUCCAAGGGCCUCAUCCUGAAAGGUGACAUUCUCAUGAACCAGCUGAAGGACACGCACGGCGCACGAGAAGCCUUCGAGCGCAUCCUGCGAUCCGACCCGGGAAACGUUCAGGCCAAGCACAACCUGUGCGUCGUGUACUUCGAGGAGCGUCAGCUGGCACGGGCGGAGCGCUGUCUUCAGGAGACGCUGGCCAUGGCACCGCACGAGGAAUACAUACAACGCCACCUCGCUAUCGUCCGCGCCAAAAUGGCCGCCAUGAGCGCCGCGGGAAAGCCGUUGGCACCAGCAGAGGGGGCUGAGGAACCAUCGGCCAAACAACACAAGCAGGCUCAGGAAGAGGAGAAGAAUUUGCGGAAAUCCUCCCACAAUGAAAACCCCAGCGGCCAGGAGAAGCAGCUGGACGCCGGCCAAGCCCACAAGCGGACUAAGGGCAAAUCUACACAAGAGAUUAAAGACAUAGAAAAGAAAAGGGAGGCGGCGCUGAAGAGACUGGAGGAGAUCGAGCGCAUAUUAAGCAGUGAUUAAACUUGUUUGUGUGUGUGUGUGUGUGUGUGUUUUGUUUUUUAAACUACUUCUGGACUAUUUUUAUAGGUCUAUUUAAAGCACAGGGAGGAGGAUUUGUGAAGUUUCCAAAACGAGAGUUUGUUUAUGCAUUUGCUUGAGUGAGAACUUGGGUGUGAAUUAGCUUUUUACUGUGAGGCAGUCACACUUCUCGUGACCUUUGACCUAUGAAUCAGGUGAGAGAAAAGCACAAAAUGAGGUAUGGUACUUUUUUUUUUUUAAACAACUUUAAAGAUCUUGAAUGCCGAAGUGGUGUGUGUGUGUGAGAGAGUGAGAGACGGGGUUUGUUUUUUAUGAAAAGUGUAUUUUAUUGGGAUUUUUUUUUUUGGAUCACUUGGGAGGCAGUAUUCACAUUUCUACAGCCAAUUAGGCGCAACAUUUAAAACCAGACAAUGACAGGAAAUGACCGCGUGAGCGCUCGGCGCCUGCUUCCUUUCCACUGACGCCUUUUUCCUCACCUCCUCGCCUGCUGGUCCUCCGUGCCCUCGUGUUGUGCUGUCGAGGCUUUAAUUAUAUUGCGCCGACAUCAUCCGAGGAUGUUGAUGUCAUGGCUGUUCGGGGGUCGCCUCGUCUCUCGUGAUGAUCUCCGUCACCCAGAUUUCUCACUGAGCUCCGACACAAACGCAGAGGAAGAAAAAAAGCAAAGUGUUUGUUGAGGUGUGUGUGUGUUUCCCCCUUCUCUUAAUGUGCACUGUAUUCUCUAAGGUCACAUCUUGCACUUCUUCUAUGAAGACACAGAGACGCACUCACACUCGUUCUCCCCGCUACAGUAGAGAUUGAUUCACAUGAAUUGCCAUGAUUCGCUUUAUUUCAUUAGCUUUUCCUCACUCUUUAUUUUUUUUAUUUUUUUUUGGGAGAGACGGAUUUCUGACAGUCCGCUAGCAAAGAGCCGCUACGGUCUGGUGCUUUUCAGCCCAUGAGAUUUUUAAGCAAAUUGCGAUGUAACUGCUGUAAAAUGCACUUGAAGCCAUCGAGAAUGAUGGAUCCACUAAUACUUAAGUGUGUCUUUCUCUGUUUCUUUCACUCUCUAUUUCUUUCUCUCUUUCUCUGUCUUGCUCUCUCUCCCCACUUGAAUCAGAUGACCUUCUGGUGUUGGUUUAAACCCCACCCUGUCAGUAAACCUUGCUGCAUUUCCACAAGCCCCCGACUGUCUGUGUGAAAAAUAUUAAUAUGUAUUAUAUAACAACGCAGCCUGUAUUAUUUCCCAGCAUUCCCCACUUUAAUAAACGUAUUACCCAAUAAUGUGAUUAAAUCCGGGGUGUUUCGGUUCAUCCAGGUGUUUGAUCAAGACUUGCAUCACUGUGGAUUUUUUUUUUUAUUUCUAAAAUACAGAUUCAAAUGAUGUUUUGGUUUGUUUAGCUGUUUUUAUGGUUGUGUUUUGCUCACUUUUCCUUGAAACCACCAGUCUCUCUGAAGACCCUAUUCAGAUUGGAUUAGUUUCUCAUGCAGAAUGAAUGAGAAUGUAGUAACAGUAAUUAUUAUCCAUACAGGACACUUUUUUGAUGGAAUAAAAACGUGUUCUAUUCCCUUCUA